AUGAAAAAUGUGAAAAAUAUUGACAAUGAUGAAAAUGAUUUGGAAGAUGAGAAAAAUGUUAACAAUCAAGUAGAAGAAUUAGAUGGAAAAUCCUUAAGGGCUACUUUUAAUUCUGUUAAUGGUUUAGAUUCUCUAAGGCAGUUUGUGAAAGCUUGCAAUGACAGUAAAGAAAGAGAUAUAGCUGCAGAAUAUUUAAAUGCAGGUGGCAAUAUUCUUGAGUUAUUAAAAUUAUUAGAUAGCGUGGAUAAAAAAAGUAUUGGUUCUGCUACUACUGUUUUUUCUGCAGUAAGGAUAAUGUUAAUAAAAAUUAUGGCACAGUAUCCUCAAUAUCAUUCCAGUGCAGAAGGAGCAUGUAGACAUAUAAUUAAUUCACAUUUAUCAUUAGUACAUUCUAUGCUUUCUAUGCAAAGUACUGCUAAGCAGAGGAAAAUAGUUCUACAAUUGCUAGCUGCAAUGGUUUCACUAGGUGGUAACCUUCCACGUGAAUUGCUUGCUCAUCUUUCUAUACAAUCAGAAGUUAUUAAAUGUCUUGUACGGCACACAAAGCCUACAGAUACUCAGAACAUAAGGAACUGUUUCAUUCAUUUCAUUCUUGCUUUCUUAAUAGAAGGAAAUGUAUCAACUAUUAGAACUUUAUUGGACAAACAUGACCUAUUAUCUAGUAUAUUCUCUGCUUUGAUAUAUGAUUCCAAAGAUAUUAUUGCUCUAGUACUAACCACAUUGAAAACAUACAUCCUCCAAAAUCCGAAAAUUAGUAAAACAAUGAAGCUACAUAUAUUCUCAACACCAGUUGUUCAGAAUCUUGUAUGUCUGUACAAUUGGAAGGGUCCAAACAAUUGGCCAGGAAAUAAAAUACACAACUCUACUUCAGCUCCACGAUAUCUUCAAGAAAAAGAGGUUGUAACUGAAAUUGUUCAUGAUUUUCUAAUUGUGUUAUUAACGUCUCAUCGGUAUGGAAUUAUAUUUCACGAUCGUACACUUGGUACAACGCAUGCUAAACACAAUCAAUUAGUAAAUACAAUACUUCAAAGCUUAGAUCGUCCGUGGGAACAUGAAAAACCAUCGGAUCUGCUAAUUAAAAUAAUGGCAGCAUGUCCAGAUUUAAUUAAGUCUCAGUUUACACUUUUGGAAUCACAUAUUGAACCCAGAGUAGCAACAAAAUGGAUUGCAGCAAUGAAUUUUGUGAGAAAGAUAAUAGCUUCAACAGAUCCAGAAACUUGUUUAAAAGUUUGUGCAUUGGAAUUAAAUGUAUCUCAAUCAGCUAACGCAGUAAUGUCAUUAACAUUACCAGUAAUAAUAUUGAAAUGUGCAAUAUUACCAUCCUUAACUCAUUCUAAUAUAAUAGUCAGACAUCAGGCGGUAAUUACACUUACGGCUAUGUUUAUUCAGAUACAAAAGUAUUUAUUAGCAGCAAAAGUGAAUUACAAUGAACACAUUGAUUUUUGUGCUUUUCAAAAUUGUGUAUUAGAAUAUGUGGUGAAGAAUGCACCAAAUUUAAAUGUGAUAUUAGAAGUGUGGAAUUGUGUGUUUAUAUCAAGUCAAAUUGAGGAUGAGAGUGUUAAUAAAGAAUGUGUUUCAGAACCGAGAAAACUUGAACAUCUAACAGCCAUCUUAAACGUAUUGCAUAUUUACAAUGAAAUAUGUCCAAAGUUAUUGUAUUCAUUAUCAGAUUUGCAACCUACUACAUUUUUAAAUCCACUGAACACAUUGAACGAUGUCGAUAUAAUGGAGCUUAAUGCUAUACGAGUUAGAGCUAUACAAUUUUUAGUUGUUCUGAAUCCCGCUGAAUUUUCACCGCAGAAGAAAAUAUUCGGCCAGGUAUUAUCAUUUUUAUUACCAUUUUUGAAUAAGGAAGAUUAUUCGGAUGCAUCAAGUAUAAAAUUAACAAUUAAAAUGUUAUUAAAUGCCACUGGUAUGUUUGAAGGAUGUAAUGAUCAGUUAGAUAUCUGGGUCAAUGGUUUUGUACAUUUAGACGAGAUGAAUGGAACAGUUAAUUGGUUUGUUCAUCUUAUAAAGAAGGUUGCGAAAGAUGUUGAAAGAUACGUCAAUGAAAUAAUCAAAACGGAAGAAGUUAUCAAUGAGGAAGAGCUUGUACAUGUCGGGCGAGUAGAAAACAUAUUUAAUGAAUUGAUAGAUAGGGAUACUAUUCAUGAAAGUUUAGAAAAUACUGUUUUACAUAUGCAACGCUUUACAUCGAUAUCACCACUUCUUUGUUGCAUGUUACAUAAAAUGAAGAAAAAUGUACUCCCCAUGGUAUCAUCUUAUGCUUCUUAUGUACUAGUACAUGCAUUGCAUUAUCAAGUUGCACCACAGUGUUUAAUACAUUUAGCAAAAGAUGUACAAGAAUUAUCAGUACAGAAAUAUCUGCAAAGUUGGUUACUGGACAACUAUCCUAUUCAUGUUAAAGAAGUAUAUCCCUCUAUGGAUUUAGUAUGUAAACUAAAUCGCAUAUUAUUAGAUGAUACUUCAGUACAGAUAAAUCAAGUAUUUAGUGGUGCCAAUACAGUUACUUUCACAUAUAAUAAUGAGACUAUUACAGUUAAUCAUUCUUUAUCAGCAUACGAAAUCAUGUACUUAUUUAAGAUGACUGUAUUUUAUUUAACACAAUUUGCUAAACGGGAGUCUUUAACGACGACUCGAAAUAAUAACUGUAAAAUUCUUUUCAUAUCUUUGUUAUAUAUUGCAAAAGAGGAUCCAGACGAUUCUGCACUGGUUGAUGAAUGUGUAAAAUCUGUUUUUACUCAUCCUGUCAUUUUGUAUUAUUUUUCACCAUUUCAUCAAAAGAGUAAAGAUUUCGCGAAAAGUAUGAUAACUCUUACGAUUUUUGAUGUUUGCAACACAAUGACUCACUUGUGCAAAAAGUGUGACAUAAGAAAUCUAGUUUCUCAGUUUAGAAAUAAAUUACUCGUGCAGUUACACAAAAUGACAGAUAAGCAUCAAAGAGGUGACAAGAUAAAUAAUGUUAAAGCGAUUAUAACGCUGUUUGAUUUACUGCAACCAACAUCAGAGGAUGUUGUGCAUUUAUUAAAAAAGCUUGUGAAACUGGAGAAUUCUAUGUUCAUUUCAAAAGAUGACGUAGAUUUGUCAAUGUAUGGUCACAUAACUCCGAAACUUUUAGAACUUAUUAGCACUGAUGAAAUUAAAUCUCAGCGUAAUUCACUAUUUGAGCUCGACGCAGAGUUUGUUAAAUGUUUAUGUUCUCAUCUACUUGCUUUAAAAUCCAAAGGAAUUAUUAAUUUCGAAAAGUGGGAGUCGGCUUUACAUAAAUACGUAUCAAAAUUUCCAUUUAAUAUUGCUGGCAUAGACACAGAUAUCUUUUUGUCAUUGAUGUCAACAAAAAUUGAAGAUACAACUACCAAACUACUUUCAUUUCUAAUUAGUAAAAAUAUAAAAUUCGUACCAGUCUUUAUAGAAUAUAUGUUGAAGUCUGAGAAGAUAAAAGAAAGUAGCAUUGUUUUCCCAAUAAUUGAAAGUAAUUUAAAUUUUAAAUGGAAUCAAGAAUUUAUGCAAAAGUUGAAGACACAUUAUGAAACUGAAAUUCUGUCCUACUUGUGUAAUCCCAAAGAUGUGAAAAAUUGGAUAGAGAAAAAUAUUGUUGCUGUUUCUUAUCUAAUUAAAAAUACAUUUGAUUUUAAGACUUGUAGUGAAACGUGCAGUAUUAUUUUACAAGCUGGUGAUAUGUUGGAUAUGGUAUCAACGCAGUAUGUAUUAAUUCUUGAAAGUGUGUUCAACAAAUGUGCAACUAUGGGAACAGACAAUGAAGAAUUUAUUACGAAUUUAUUACAAGUUCUUCUUCACAUAACUACUUUAACACUGAAGAAAGAAUCGAAAAAUAUAAAAAAACUUUGCGUUCUUUGUGAAAUGUUGAAUAAGGCCGUUAAGACUUUAAGAGACAAGAAUGAAAACUUUGUAUUUGAAGCAUUAAAUAGUAAUCACUCGUGGCCACAGUUCACGCGUUUUUCUUUAAAGUUAGGCCUUAAGGAAUUAAGAAACAAUAAACAGUCUGUGCCAAUAUUGAAAACUUUAAAUGUUCUAUGUGAUAUUACGUACAAGAACGACAGUAACAACGAAUAUGCCAAAACGUUGUUUGAAAUGGCAACUUCUCAUUCUGAAUUUCUUAACAUUAUGUUGGAAUCAUUGGAUGUGAAAAGAGAUUUAGUGGAAUUAUUGUGGAUUCUUAUGCAGAAGAAUAAAACAGUAAUACUCCUGGCACAUGUUCCCGUUUAUUUGGCAGCAUACAAUGCCACUUUAAGUGAUGCUGAUCAAUAUCUGUUGCUUAUUUUGCAGUAUUACGAAAGUAAUAAUAUUAAUAUUUCUGAAUAUCGACCGUACAUGUGGGGAAAUGCAGCGGCAGUACACUACAGCGUAAAGGGUGAAACGCAUAUGAAUUUAUGGAGGCAACCAUCCACUAAUCAAGUUCUAAAUUUGUUUGAGGCACAUCUACUGAAAAAUACUAUAAAAAAUUAUCCUGUAUAUAGAGCAUUGAGGAGUACUGAAUUGCACUUAGCAAAGGAUGUAUACGAUCCAGCAUUUUAUUUACCCUUGGUGUGCUUUUUAUUAUCCGAAAAUAAUGUUGUGUCUUAUCAUAAAGUAGCUCAAAGUGGUGUUCUAGGAUUAGCAUUUGCUGCCUGCAGCAGUAAUCAUUCUGAUGUUCGUAUGGUAGCGUAUACUAUCAUCGCUAGAUAUUAUACUCAUUUGGAAUCGUCAAGCUCGAAAGGAAAACUUUUAUGGAUGAGAUUGAUAAAUGCGUUGCGUUAUGGUAUCAUGACAUCGGAAUCACAGAUCGACAAUGUCCGUUUAAAUUGUUUAGUCGCUACAUUUUUGGCAAGAGCAUCUAUGAUCGCUACGCAACCGUUACAUCCCCUUUAUUCGCGUCUACAAGUAUUUCUAAUGGCUAAACCUGCACUCGACACAAAUUCCAUACCUGAACUGUUACAAUUAUUUCAUAGCUCUGAUAUAGAACACAAAGCUCAUAGACGUUGGAUUUUAGAAAUUAUUCGUGACGGUAUAAAGACGGAAACAGAAUUGGAUGUAGCGUUUAAAUGCGUUCUGUUUAAAAUGUUGCUAGAUUUUUAUACUUGUACUUUAUCAGACUUAGACACAAAGAAACUUAUUUUGGAGGUUGUUGACGCAACACUGAAAAUUACCAAGGGCUCUGUGCUUCUUAUAGAAGGACAUGGAUUAUUUCCAUGGUUAUUGCAUGUUACAACGAAUUUGCACAGUAAUGAAGUUCAGUAUAUCGAGCUCCUAGUAAAAAUACUGGACACUCUUUUGAAUACUAUAUUGAAAAUGAAUGGAGACACGGUCCACUAUAAGUUGAUGCUACUAAAUGUCGCAUUGAGUUUAAAGACGCAUUUAUCUAAAGAUAUCAAGGUUACAGCAUUUGCAUUAUACAUAAAUAUUUUGCAGAAGUUAUUUUUGUCUAAACACAUGAAAAUAAUUGUUACUAAGGAGCAGAUCAUGGACAUUCUUGAAUUUUCUAAGAGACUGUUUGGUAAUAUGGACGAGUGCGAAGAUAUGUUACGUUUUGGUAGUGAAUAUGUAACUAAAGUAGAUUGUUCAGAAAAUGAUAAUGAAGUUGAAGUGGCAAGAAAUUGUUUAAGAACUAUGAUAUGGACAUGGUGUAGCCACGAAAUAAGAUAG